AUGGGUCUUGGUGUCUUGGAAGACCAUAAACUCUCGCAUGUGCCCGGCACAGUGCUUUUGAACGACGAAGCUGCCCACUCAGAAGCACAAACUGGAAACCUCAAACAUGGCACAGGAAAGAACGCACACAUCGUGCUCUCGCCACAACCUAGCGACGACCCCAACGAUCCUCUCAACUGGUCUGGUUUCAAGAAAGAGGCCAUUAUCUGGAUUCUCGCUCUCGGGUCAAUGUUGUGCGCUGCUACAAACGGCCCGUUCUUGAACGCUUCGUAUUUCGCAAUUGCCCAGGAAAUCAACAAGGAUCUCACAACGACAGUCAUGGUGUCAGGCUACAACAUUUUAGCCAUCGGCUGUAUCGGUCCGUUCGUCUGCGCCUUCAGUCGUCGGUACGGGAAGCGUCCGGUCUUUAUCGUGUCGACGCUCUUCUGCAUCGUCGGCACGGCCAUUGGCCAAGUCAAGGCCAGCUACGAAUACCUCUUGGCCGCGCGCAUCGUGCAGGGCUUCUCGACCAGCGCCUUUGAAUCGCUGAUCAUUUCGGUCGUGGGCGAUCUCUACUGCGUGCACCAGCGUGGGCUGCGGAUCGCGACCAUCAACUUUGUGCUCAACUCGGCAUCUAGCCUGGCCUCGAUCAUCUGCGGCCAAGUUUACAACGACCUGGGCCUCCUCUGGUUGUUCAACCUGUUCCAGAUCUUCCUGGUGGUGCAGUUCAUCCUCAUGUUCCUCUUCUGCCCGGAGACGACGUACGUGCGGGAGUCCAUCUACGAGACCGACACCCUGCAGACCGAGACGUUUGAGGAGAUCGACAAGGCCAACGAGGAGCAUCGCGAAAAGGCCAUGGCCGUCAGCGAACUCACCAACGACGCUUCGGCCACCGCCGCCUCCCCGCAGCGCCAGUACAAGAAGAAGACGUUUUUGCAGGAGCUUAAAAUCUACAACGGCAUCUUCUCGCACGACAACAUCUUCAAGUGGCUCUUUGGCAUGUUUCUGACCCUCUUCAACCCGGCGGGAUUUUACGUCAUCAUCGUCUCCGGUCUGCUUACCGCCUGGUACGUGGGCUCCGCCAUUAUUCUCGCCGGCAUCUUCGCUGGGCCUCCCUGGAUGUUCGACGCCGCGCAGAUUGGAUACCUGGGCACCGGCCCCUUUGUCGGCGGUAUGAUCGGAAGUAUUAUCCUCGCUCUUUUCGGUGACCGUGUCAUGAAAUGGAUGACGAUUCGUAACAAGGGAACCUAUGAACCCGAAUUCCGUCUCGUCUUCAUGCUCCCUUGCGCUGUCUUUGCUGGAUUCGGAAUGUUUUUCUUCGGCUACUCGAUGGCGCACGGCCUGAACGCCAUUCUCUGCGCCUUCUUCCAGGGUAUGAUGAUGGUGGGUGUCAUGAUCGGCGUUGUUGCCACCAUGUCCUACGGUCUCGACGCGUUCCGGAGCCAGAGUAACGAGAUGUUUGUCAUGAACAUGGUGUUCAAGAACUUCAUGUUCUACGCUCUGUCCAACUUUGCAAAUGACUGGGUUGCCGCCAAAGGCCCCGAGGAAAUUAUGUUCACCUUCGGCGGUACCACUUUGGCCAUGUGCCUGUUCGGCAUCCCCGUCUACUUCUACGGCAAGCGGCUCCGCAGCUGGUGGACGCGCCACGACCUCUUCGUCAAGUUCAACAUGACAACCACUGGACCCGAGACACAUUUGGGAUAA